GACACCUGUGAAAAUUGUGUUGUGUGACAAAACUGCACAUUUUAAAGUGUCCUUUUAUUGUCCCCAGCACAAGGUGCAUCUGUUUAAUGAUCAUGCUGUUUAAUCAGCUUCUUGAUAUGCCACACAUGUCAGGUGGCUGGAUUAUCUUGGCAAAGGAGAAAUUUCAUUAACAGGGGGAUGUAAACAAAUGUGCAAAAAAAAAUGUAGAGAAAGAAGCUUUUUGUGCGUAUGAAAAAGGUAUAGGAUUCACCUCAUGAAACCAAGCGUAGUUAGCCAACACUGACUAGGAUAAUUCAUUUGACAGGCGACAAGGUGCCGACACCACAACUCUGCAUAGCUAUAUGGGGCUGGGUCUACCCUGUCCUGUCUGUCUCAAAGCCAGCUUUUCUAUGACCAUGGAGUUGGUUAAUGGAGCCUUUGUUACAUGCCAGCUGCUGGCAUCAGUCCAACAGACAUGACUGUAGGAGUGGACAGUAUUCAUAUCAUGUGAGUCAGGCCCACAUCUUGACUCUGGAUCAUGCGUUUUACACUGCGACCCCGGAGUGGCUGUUUGGUGCUGUGUCUUUCUGUCUCUCUGCUCACCCUGCUGCUGCAGAGCCUCUGGGUGCCUCCAGAGAUGACCAGAGAGGAGCCGGCAGGUGCAGGGAGGUCCCCUGAGGAACAGGGUCACCAUGGUAACAGCGUGCGAAGACUGGCUCUACGCUUAGAGGCUCUGAGCUCUCAGGUGCAGCGGCUAGCGAGGGAGAGAGACACUCCCCAGCCUGCUAAAGAAGAACUUACUAACCUUCUGCAAAGUCUCCGGCAGGACCAGGAGGGCUUGGUGCGGUCCGUGGAGCGAGAGCUACAGAGAAUGGCCCAGAAGCUGGAAAGCCUCGGUCAUCAGCCCCACACACCACGACCACAAGACGACCACAGACCGCAGACAGGUCUCCGUGAGGUUUGUGAGGUGCCCGAGGACCCUGUGUAUCCCCACUGUGCUGAGAAAGUUGAGUUCCUGCAAGCCCGUUGGGACUCAGACCUCUGCUAUGCUUUCUACGGGGUGGAUGGUACCACCUGCUCCAUCCUGACCUACCUGAGUGAGAGAGAAGACUUCUGUCCCCCCCACCCUGGAAGAAACCAUUCAGCACCACCAUGGCACCAGCAACCACGCACCCACAAAGAGAAGGCAGAGGUCCGGACGACUCUGAUGCCAUUGUAUGAGGUGUUUGGUGGAAUUCAGGGUCCUGCAGGAAGGUUCAUCCGGUCCAGGGUGGAGAGGCUGUCUACAUGCUGGAUAAAGGCGAGACACAGGAUACGAGAGAACACCACUAAGACGACUUCACUGCAGAAGAGGGUCCUGCUCUACCCAGGGGUCCUGUCUGGGGGUGCGGGCCAGCGGUUCGGGGCCAUGGUGGACCAAGGGGGGCCUCUGGGAGAGCUGGUGCAGUGGGCUGACCUCAGUGCCUCUCUCUUCAUCCUGGGUCACAAUCUGACCUUUACCACCUCCCAGAACCACCUGCACAGUGUGAUAGGUGCAGCCCCGGGCAAAGGAAGCUGCCCCAUCCAGAUGCCCCUGCCCUUUGACCUCAUCUAUACAGACUACCACGGCCUAGCCCAUCUCCAGGGAGCCAUGGGGCUGGCCUUCCAACACUACCAAUGCCGCUUCCGAAUCCUUGACUCUUUUGGUACGGAACCGGCUUUUAACCUAGGGACGUAUGCCCGUAGCCAUGGUUACAACACGCUAUGGGGAAGCUGGCGUCUACAGCCACUGCAGUACAUGACCAUGUUCCCUCAUACCCCUGACAACUCGUUCCUGGGGUUUGUGAGUGAGGAGGCGAUGGUGGAGCAGGAAGAGAGGGAGGAGGAAGUGGAGCCAGGGCCUUACAGGAAGGACAACACGGCUGUGGUCUACGGGAAACAGGACUACAUGUGGCAGGGCAAGGAACGUUAUCUGGAGCUGAUCAGUCGGGAGCUGGAGACCCACGGCACAGUGUACCAGCCUCCAGGCCACUCUGCUCAGCUGCCCAGUGACAUCAUCAACCACGGCCUGCUGACUCAGGAUCAGUUCUUACAGCUCCUCAGAAGAGCCAAGGUGUUUGUGGGUCUUGGAUUUCCCUAUGAGGGUCCAGCUCCUUUGGAGGCCAUAGCUUUAGGGUGUGUCUUCCUCCAGCCGCGCUUCCAGCCCCCUCGCUCCUCUGAAAACAGUGACUUCUAUAAAGGGAAGCCCACAACACGACAGGUUUCCUCCCAGCACCCCUAUGCUGAAGAGUUCAUCGGUAAACCCUACGUUUGGACCGUGGACAUGACCAACACUACUGACGUUCAAGAGACGGUCAGGGCUAUUCUACGCACAGAGGUCAAGCCCUUCACCCCUCGAGAGUUCACCAGUGAAGGGAUGCUGGAAAGGGUUCAUGCUUACAUCACUCAUCAGGACUUCUGCAGCGUGUCCUUCCCUACCUGGCCACCUAAGAGCGCUCUGAGAAUACAUCUGGGCCCCCUGGGCCAGUCGUGUGUGAGUGUUUGUCGACGUGCCUCCCUGGUGUGUGAGCCGGCACUGUUCCACCACCUCAACAACCCUGCAGCGUUCACCAGACUGGGCCUGUCCUGCUCCAGCAUGGACCAGGAAGUGGACAACCAUCUAUUUCCUGCCUACAGCCCGUGGGGUCGUCGUUGCGGCCUGCAGCGGGAGCGUCUCCUGUUCAGCUGCGCUGGGUCCGACCCUGUCCACCGCAGACUCUGUCCCUGCAGGGCCCACCGGGCGGGACAGGUGGCGCUGUGUCCUGACUGCCUCUAAGGGGCAGACUCUCAGGAUUCUCAUUGGAGAUAAAAGAGGAAAUGUAAGGUUGAAAUGCAUAGCACCCUAUGUCUGGGGUCAUGUUCGCUAGGCACGAAACAAAAGAAAAGCAACUGAAAUGGAGAGGUGCUAUCUGAACUUGUCCAAUAGGAAAAGCUUUUUUUCGUUUUCUAUUGCAAAAUGUUUUGUUACAGUGUGCCCUGAUGAACACAACCCUAGGCUCUACACUCAAAGGAAAUGGAUGUCACGUUCCCGGUUUAUCCGAUAUCACUCAGGAAGAAAGAAGAUAUAGAGCUCUGAUCCGUCAUGUUUCCUCAGUUGCACAAAGGAAUAGGAGUAACAUAGGCAAAAUACGUUUUAAAAAUACUGCCUUCGCCUAUGUGGCCUGUAAAGUGACCACAACCUUUCAUACCAGAGGUCACUCUAUGACAAACUGAGUCACGCCUCUGAGCAGUUUUACAACCGGAGAGUCCAUCACAUCACAUUCAAGUAAUAGCUUCAACAGAGGGCCAUCACUCAUUGAUGUGGGGUGUAUUUAAUGAGGUAAAACACAAUGUUGCAGGUGGAAAUGUGAUGUGUAGUGCUGACAUGACCCAGAGUUCUAAAUGACAAACAGCCAUACUUGAUCUACACAAUACAUUUCUAUCGUAACGUUCUCUUGAACAGGCUUCCAUGGUAGUGGUGGACUGGGGAGUGUGGGAUUACUAGCCAUGUACAAUGGCCGCUCGCGUCGCAUCGCCGGCCCUGAAUAUUACCUCAGUCCUCCUCGGAUUUGUGAGAGAGUAAAAAAUGGAGGCCAGAACCAUGUAUUUAGAGUUGGGCCAACUUUUAGAAUUUUGAAUAUUUUUCUAAUUAUAGACAUUCAGUUACAUAGUAUUAAGUAUUCCCCAUGUAAUGUUAAUGGGGAGCUAAAAUGGCUGCCAUAGAAUGUUGAAGUGUCAUGUAAAUGCAUCAUAAUACAGAAAUCAUAUUGGCCCAACUCUCUAAAUACAUGGCUCUGAUGGGGGCCAUUAUCAGAGUGAAUCAUGGGUAAUCAGCACUGAAUGUCUUUGAGAGGGCAAGGCAAUAAGACCACGAUUAUUCCCUCCAAAUAAACACACUCAAAAUGCUGUACUAUAUACUAUGUGUACUGUAUAAGAUAUUUGUUUAUUAUAUGACAGAAUAUUAAUAGUGUUAUUGCCCUAUUGCCUUUUGAUAUGAUAUAUCUAUAGUGAUCUGGCUGAACUUGUAGGGAGGACGAUUUUGAAGGACGAUAUCCUGCUCAGGAGCGAACGUUGAAUUGAACUAACAAACAGACCCGAGCCAAAUGAAGUGAGGGGUGAUGGGUCACAAAACCUAGUGUGGAGGUUGGGAAGCCUGUCUUCUUCUCGCCUGGCUUCUUCCAUCACCCCUUUCUCUACAUAUAAGAGUGAGGGAAGAAGUGAGAGACCGAAACAGACGUAAAUGAAUAGCACUAAACUGAGGGCUCUUAUCUGUUAGAAGUGAUCGGGUGGGGGCUUACACAGUGCAGCUGCUAGCCUAGCUUCAGGCCAAGUCCUUGGACUGUCUAUGGGCUCCUUCACCUAAAACUAGAAAACUGAAAGAGGGUUUCUCAGAACAGACAUGUGUGAUUACCGUGACUGUCCCAAUGCACUCCGCGUAACCCAAACACAGCACAGCUCAGGAAUUGGACGGGACCACUCAGGGCUGUGACAGAAUUGGUCAACAGGAUGACGGACAGCUCAGUGACUGUAAAACGUCUGUCUAAAAACAACAGUGGAACUGACAUAAGCAGAAUGUUUAGCAAAUUCAGCUGGCCCUGUCAAGUGAGACUUGAAUGUGAUUUGACAUACGUUCCAAAGAUGAUAAGAGUGAGUGGACUUGUGUUUUGUUUCAAGGCACUGUUCGUCAGUUACGGAAAAUAAAAUUGUACUUGACCCAAAGGAAUUAUACAAUGAGAAAUAAGUUCAUUGGGAAAUGUUGUGUAAUUUUGUGACUCACACUCACUGUUUUGUUUAAAGGUUCUGGCAUAACACUUGACGAGCUGAUAAUGUAAGGUUAUAGAAGGGUUAAGAUAAAAUAAGAUUGUAAAAUAUAAUACAAUAUAAUAAAGUAUUUUUUUUAACUCUUUAAUAUUGACAUUAUUGGAGUGUGACUGGCAUACUUUAGGUGCAACCAAUAACUGCACACACUGCUCAAAAGCCCACAAACGUCAAACAAAAUGUCCCAAUUCUAGGGUGGCAUCUGUAAACUAUACAGUGCCCUCCACUAAUAUUGGCAACAUUGGUAAAUAUGAGCAAAUCGGGCUGUGACAUUUUUUUAUUUACUGUUUAUCCUCUUGUUCUUUCAUUCAAAAUAUUCACAAAUAUUGAACCUUUAAUUGAAAUAAAAUGAUUGAAAAAAAUGUAUGUGAAAUAAAUUAAAUAUUUUUCUCCGAAA